UAGGCUGCGGGCGAGUGCCUGCGCUCAGAGAGUGCCACCUCCCUGCUCUUCCGGACCCUGAGUGAUGUAGACGAUUCAGAUCCAAACCUCUGGAGACACCGUUCCUCUCACUGAGCGCCUUUCCGCCCCUUCUAUCUUCCUAGUCCUGCUGACUUCCUUGGCGUCUUUGAGGCUGCUAGUCAGGCAGUCUGUUGGGCACUCCAAGCGCGGGGUCCUCGCCGCUUUCUCUGCCGCUUCAGCUUCGGUCCAGAGAGGACCCGGCACCGAAUCACUGACUCGCCCCGGUGUCAGGAAAAUGAUCCACAGUCUAUUUCUCAUCAACUGCUCUGGUGACAUAUUUCUAGAAAAGCACUGGAAGAGCGUGGUAAGCCAGUCUGUCUGUGACUAUUUCUUUGAAGCUCAGGAGAAAGCUGCGGAUGUUGAAAAUGUCCCACCUGUCAUUUCCACACCUCACCACUACCUCAUUAGUAUCUACCGGGAUAAGCUCUUCUUCGUGUCUGUCAUACAGACGGAAGUGCCACCUCUCUUUGUGAUUGAGUUUCUGCAUCGAGUUGCUGACACUUUUCAGGACUACUUUGGUGAGUGUUCAGAGGCUGCAAUUAAGGAUAACGUGGUCAUAGUGUAUGAGCUCUUGGAAGAAAUGUUAGACAAUGGAUUCCCGCUGGCUACUGAAUCUAACAUUUUGAAAGAACUAAUUAAACCACCAACAAUUCUACGUUCCGUCGUCAAUUCUAUCACAGGCAGUAGUAAUGUUGGGGACACACUCCCCACCGGGCAGCUAUCCAACAUCCCAUGGCGUCGAGCAGGAGUAAAGUACACAAACAAUGAAGCCUAUUUUGAUGUAGUUGAAGAAAUAGAUGCAAUUAUAGAUAAAUCAGGAUCUACAGUCUUCGCAGAAAUUCAGGGGGUCAUUGAUGCUUGCAUUAAGCUCUCUGGAAUGCCUGAUCUCUCGCUCUCUUUCAUGAACCCAAGACUUCUAGAUGAUGUCAGCUUCCACCCGUGCAUCCGGUUCAAACGUUGGGAAUCAGAAAGAGUUUUGUCAUUUAUUCCUCCAGAUGGGAAUUUCCGACUCAUAUCAUACCGUGUCAGCUCACAGAAUCUAGUGGCAAUACCAGUGUAUGUGAAACACAGUAUCAGUUUUAAGGAAAACAGCUCUUGUGGCAGAUUUGAUGUAACAAUUGGACCAAAACAGAAUAUGGGAAAAACUAUUGAAGGAAUCACAGUGACUGUUCACAUGCCAAAAGUUGUGCUGAACAUGAACCUGACACCAACACAAGGCAGCUAUACAUUUGAUCCAGUGACCAAGGUACUAGUAUGGGAUGUGGGGAAAAUCGCUCCACAGAAGCUCCCAAGUCUUAAAGGACUGGUAAAUUUGCAGUCAGGAGCUCCCAAGCCAGAAGAGAACCCCAGCCUCAACAUACAGUUCAAGAUCCAGCAGCUUGCUAUUUCAGGCUUAAAAGUGAAUCGCUUGGACAUGUAUGGGGAGAAAUAUAAGCCAUUUAAAGGAGUCAAAUAUGUCACAAAAGCUGGGAAGUUUCAAGUGAGGACAUGAGAAGAGGCCAAAAUUCCUCAAGAUGUUUGUUUUUCAAGUGUAAUUACAAUUUAUUACUAUUAGGUACCGAGUGGGUGGGAAUACAUAUAAAGCAUUUGUGUCAGGCUACACUGCUAACAGAGUUGCUUAGUAUCAAUGUAGGGUUCUUAAGGAGCUUUAAGCUAAGGAAAGUUUUCUAAAGACUUAGCUUAUUUUGUAUCUUUUCACUUAGGAAAAGAUUUAGAUUUCUUCCAAGGGGGCUACCAGCUGAAUGCUGCACAUUGUAACAGUAAAGACAGAGGGCUGCAGCCGUAGCCUUUCUCCUAAAGCCAGUGAUGUGGUCUCAUCCACCAGCAGGAACUGGUGUGUGUCGGGUGCAGCCAAACUUCACACCUUCUGAUCUUAGCCAUCUCAAAUCAGUGUCUAUCCCACGAAAGGAGAUUCCCCCACCCCAAGAAGUUUACAGAAAACUGCCUCUUCAAGUGUUUGCCUUACUCAGCUUUUCACUUGUGCCAUUAAGCAAGCACUGUAGCAAAAGCCACUUUCACAUGGCCCUGGCAAGGAGCACCGCUGCUCCGUGCUCCAUUCUCACUGUACUUGGUAUUCUAUUUUUUAUAAAUAAGAUUUUUAUGUAAAGCUCAGAUUUUGAUUUACAAGGACCUUGCUGCAGUAGAUAUACCAUCAGCUGCUAGAUAGCACAGUCAACAUCAUUUGCAUCAAAGGGGCAAAUACUUUAUUAAGAUAAUAAAAGGGAACACUACUUCUGCUUAUAGGAAGUUAUCGCAGGCACAAGUGUGCUUUAAACAAAUUAAAGUAGUAAAAGAGAAAAUUAAGCAAAACCUUGCCAUUUCCAUGUUUCAGUAAAGCUUUAUCUAAUGCCACUGUAACCUAGUUAGCCUGAAAGUCUCGUGUCCUAGUUCAGCAGGAGAAAACUGUGUCUGCUUCACUACUACUGUUCUUUCUCUUCUCAGUCUUUUAUCUUUCUGUGCUUAAAUGGUUGGAUUUACCUGUAUGCCCUGUAUUUGGAGGAGCUCCUUUCCAUAGUACGUAUAUCCUGAGGCCAUUGUGAUAAGCACUUUCCUAAACUUCCCACCUUGUCAAAAUGCUACUGAAGCACUUAAGUGUCUUUGUCGUACUGUGUACACGAAGAACAUUACUGAAGGACAAACACUCUCAGUCAUGAUUUAUACCAGUCGAUUGUAACACUGGGAAAGUCGGUCUAUGACUCAUUCCAUUCUACAUCAUUUGCUUGGAAAUCCUUUAUGCAGUUAUUUUGCCUCAUUAGACAUGAAAAUGGAAGAAGGCUGAAAGUUAAGAUAUAAGUGUUUGCUCUAUUUCCCCUUGAUUUUCUUUAGACUUGGUUUUCUUAUCCUGUGGCCCAUUAUUUUCUUCCAUCUCUCUCUUACAGUCCUUGUUGGAGUGCUGGUGAUACAGUAGCAUGGUUACUGUUGCCCUCAUCUAAUAAAAAAGGCUAGCUUUUGAGGCUUCAAAUAGAAAUUACUUGAGUAACCAAUCUUAGAUUGGCAGCUUUAAGUCAAAAUGCAAAAUAUCUAAUCGCUUUGACUAAGAUUGGUUAUCUCUAAUUUAAAUAUCUUGUCUUUUACCUCAAAAACAAUUGUGACAGUUGAAUUUCUUCACAAUCCCUUGUCUCACCAUCAAUACCUAGACUGUCCAACAUUCCUCCUGUGCAGUCUUGUCUUUCAAAGUGGAACAUAUACCAAGAGUCCCUUGUCUCUAAUAAUUUCUGCUAAAACAGCCAAGCAGACCGUGUUCCUUUACAGUUAAAUUGUUGUACUUAUUAAUUUGAUAGAGCCCAGUAAGUCCUUUUCGUAGCUCUGGCUAUAAUGUCAAUAAAAAUAUGAAAGCAACAAAUUGAUUUUUUUUUUAAGUCUGAUUGUUGAUGGAACAUUCUCAUAUCCAGGCUGAGUUAGAGCCAGCUGCAUGGGAUCAGUUUCUUCUGUAUCACAAGUAUUACAGUUGCUUAAGGACAUUCAGGAGGCAUUUUCCUAAGUAGAGCAUAUCCACAGCCAUUCAUCAUUUUAAAGUGUUCCCUUUCUGGUCACAGACUUAGUGAUAAAAGUGAUAAAAACUAUACCUUCAUUACAUCACUUCCCACAUAGAUUCAAGAUUUUUAAACACCUGAGUUCUGGUUAAUCUAGCAUAUUCCCCUUUUCUUUGUUCUUAAGGAACCAUAAUCUAAAAGCAAAUAAAACAUGCUUAUUUUCUGUGUGAGGUAGCCUGCCAUACAUGUACACAUGUGGAAUUCAGCUGGUGGGUUCAUUCCUUAAAUGUUGCUACAGAAGAACACUGGAAAUAUGCUAGUUUUGUUUCCCUUAGAGCAACUGGCUAGAAGAAAACUACAAUGCUGGCUAAGUGAACUCCACAGCCUUGGACACAGGCUGCAAUCCACUUCUCCAGUGGGGAACUUCUCAGUCAACACAAUGAUGAAUUUCACCCUGCAAUAUUAUUUAACUUCCUCCCCUUCACCCCCAUUCUAGAAAAUUGGGCAAAAACAUGUUUUUAUUUUAGUCGGUGAUUUUUCAAGCAAGAAGAUCCGUGUGUAUCCCAAGCUAGUUUUGACUCAGCCCUACUGGAUCCUGACGACACUGUUCUAUACUGGAUUUGGAAGACACAAAAGUUCCCCUCACGUUUCACAACCUCUGCUUUUUAAGGGACAGAUAUGGUCUCCAGUAAUAGCUAAAACCUUCUAAAAUGAGAGUUACUUCUACCAAGGGUAACCCACAUCUAGCUGCUUUGCCCACUGAUAACUUAUGGUUUCUGUUCCUUCUAAUGUAUAGGUGCCAAGAUUGUCCUUUAUCACAUAAACCCUCAUAUGAAAAUGUACUAUUAAUUUCCAUUCCUUUAUGGAUUGAAUAAAAUCUUUAAUAUUUUUUUAAUAUUACCCAGAUCCUGAGGACUCAUUUCAUUGGCUAUUCUUCAGAAAUAGGAGUCUGACCUAAAGUUGUUAGUAAAAUAGCACGCCCAUCAUUCAGAGAGUUA